ACAGAAGGCUGGUGGGACCUCCAUAUUGUCGAUCGGCAGCUUUUGCAACUUCUUUUAUAUACAUCAGUUAACUUACAGAACGAUAUUGCUGUAUAUUUACCGAAGAAGAGUCCAAAUAUAGCUUUCCGCUUUAUAACGAUACCAGUUAGUCAUAACAGUGUUUUAUGCAUCAUAUGCGGUGCGGAGCCUAAAAUAAGAGAUUUAAUUGACAUCGCUCAAAAUACAUUUUGCAACGAUGUAUUUGUACUUCAAAGUAUUGAACGCUGUAUGCCAAGAUGUUUACCGGAUCAAUUUGAUCUCGAUUCAAAUAUAGAGGCGAUAAUAUUAGCAAAUGCUAAUACACGAAAAUGUGUGUUUUCUUUUAAUAACACAAGUAAUGCCCAUGCAAAACGCUUUGUUGGAGAAGGUCAACCGUCCGAUGUGCUGAGUAAAAUGUUCAUUCAAUCAUUGACAAAUGCAUUCCUUGCCGAAAAUCAACAGUUGGAGCAUAUCAGUCUUUCUGAUCAAUAUUGGUAUUCCGAUAGCCACAUAUCUUACAUAAAGAAAGAUUCUAAUCAUAAUAUUUUAUGCCUGUUAUGUAUGUCGUCUGUUCCAGUAAACACUGUCAAAGGCAUUUGUGACGAUCUAUUUUUCAAAUUACUUCAGGAUCAAUCAUAUUGCUGGUAAAAACACAUAUCGUGGACACAAUAUGCAGUCAAUUGGUUUUGAUGACUUAGCAAAGGUUUUACGUAUAUGUACUUAACUUUUACAUAUGAAUGAUAAACAAACAAAAAAAGAUAUACAUAUUAAAUAAACUUAAAAAUUUUUAAAACAAUUUUUACUUACUCGGGAAACUGUAUAAAUCACAAUGUACAAACCUUUUUCAAAAUUGAUGACGCUGCU